UACUUUUCUAAUGUUUAUAUAUAUAUAGUGUCACCAACCUUCAAAUCCUAUUUUCCCAAAGCAAAAGCCAAAAAUGGAGAGAUAUUCCCAAUAUUUCUUUCUUGCACUCUUACUCCUAUACACCUUUCCCAUCCUUGCAAAUAGUGAUAUCAACACAGAUAUCUCUUCCCUAAUCUCCUUGAAAUCUCAAAUAACCUCAAACCCUAACAACAUAUUGAUCCAAAAUUGGACCACUGCAACUUCUGUUUGCAGUUGGGUCGGAGUUACUUGUGAUUCACGUUACAAUAGGGUUUCUCAGUUGAACAUAUCGAACAUGGGGCUUGUCGGAACCCUAUCACCGGAAAUCGGAAAUCUUUCUUUUCUUGUCUCUCUAGACAUGAGUGAGAACUCUUUUCAUGGUCCGAUCCCUCCAUCCAUCUUCAACCUCUCGUCGUUGGAAAUUUUGUCUCUUCGAAAUAAUAGUUUAUCGAGUAGUCUACCAAGUGAUAUGUGCAAGAACAGUCUUCACAAACUCAAGAGGCUUCGAAUUUCUUACAAUAAGAUGUUUGGAGACAUACCGUUGAGUUUGGGGGAAUGUUCGGAUUUGGAGUAUGUUUCGUUUUACGACAACAAGUUUGGUGGAGAGAUGCCGAGAGAAAUUGGGAACAUCACACUGCUUCAGUUUUUGAGCAUUGGUAGCAACGAUUUAACUGGUAAUAUUCCAGAAGAGAUUGGGCGGCUUAUUAAUUUACAAACUUUGGACAUGAGUUCUAACAAGUUCAAUGGCUCUUUACCUUCAUCUUUUUUUGGCAUGCCAUCCUUACAAUAUGUUGACCUUGCUUCCAAUGAUCUAAGUGGAUCAUUAUCAAGAGAUAUUGGAAACAUGACAUCCCUUCGCAGAAUAGGACUUGAAUUCAACAGCUUAACUGGUGAUAUUCCAAAAGAGAUUGGAGGUAUUGCAAAUUUCGAGCGAUUGAGCAUGUGUUGCAAUAAACUUAGUGGAUCAGUUCCAAGAGAAAUUGGGAACUUGACAGCCAUGGUUGGCAUUUAUCUUCACAACAAUGCUUUAAGUGGUCCUAUUCCAAAAGAGAUUGGUCGUCUUGUCAAUUUAGUGGAGCUGCAGUUAGAAGCAAACCAUCUUAUCAAUGGAUCGUUACCAAAAGAAUUUGGGAACAUAACAGCCCUCACCUACUUAUUGCUCAACGACAAUAGUUUGAGCGGCAAUAUUCCAAAAGAAUUAUUUCUUCUUAAAAAUUUAUGGCAAAUGAACAUCGGAAGCAACCAACUUAGUGGAUCAUUGCCAGGAGAAAUUGGUAACACAACCAUUGAAGAUUUGUGGCUUCACUUCAAUAAUUUAAGCGGUCCAAUACCUUCCACCUUUGUGAAUCAAUCAGGGAUUGGGAAUCUAGCACUACAAUCCAACAACUUAAGUGGAGAGAUUCCUUCAUCCAUUUGCAACUUGAAAUCCCUCAGAAUCCUCUAUCUAUCAAACAACAAUUUGGAAGGAUCCCUCCCAAAUUGUUUGGGAAAGUUGAGCACUUCUUUGACAAUCCUUCAUUUGAAUGCAAACAAAAUCACUGGCCUCAUCCCACCCACAAUAUUUACCAAGGGAUGCACCCUCCAAUUCCUCACCCUAAAAGGUAACAAAAUGGAAGGCACAUUACCUCAAACCCUACUCAAUUGCCAACCCUUGCAAGUUGUUGACAUUGGUGAUAAUGAAAUACGAGGCGCGUUUCCCUUUUGGAUGGAAACCCUCCCCGAGCUCCGGGUCCUCGUCUUGAGGUCUAAUAGGUUCAAUGGUACGGUGUUGAAUGCUUCAGAGACGGAGCAUCCGUUUCCUAAGUUGCAAGUUUUAGAUAUAUCUUAUAACGCUUUUUAUGGCUCGUUACCUGAUAGAUAUUUCAAGAAUUUUCAAGGGAUGGUUGAUGCUAAGGAAAAUAAGACGAAUGAUAGAGUAUUUAUAGAGCUGACCCUCACUUUAAAGGGUUUGGAAUUGCCACUGCAGAGAUUGUUGACCACCUUUACAACUAUUGACCUAUCCUCGAAUAGAUUCUCUGGGAAUAUUCCGCCUUCUUUAGGGAAUCUUAAUUCUCUUAGAUACUUGAAUUUGUCUCAUAAUAGUGUCACGGGGCAUAUACCUUCGUCUCUUGGAAAUAUGAGCGUUCUUGAAUCGUUGGACUUGUCAUCAAAUAGACUAGAUGGGGAGAUUCCGAGUGAGUUGACCAGAUUGACAUUUCUUGCGAAAUUAAACCUUUCAAUGAAUAAUCUUGCAGGCCAGAUUCCACAAUCUACUCAGUUAUCCACAUUUGACAACGACUCGUAUGUGGGGAACGUAGGAUUGUGUGGACUUCCGUUGACGAAGUUAUGUGAAAGGAAUGAUGAAAAACCACAAGCAGAUGAUGAUGAAGAUGAGUCUAGUUUUAUAAGUGGUUUUGGGUGGCAAGCAGUUGUUUUGGGGUAUGGAUGUGGGUUUAUAAUUGGAGUUUUUUGGGGUUAUCUAAUUAUUCGCUAUGAAAGGCCAACAUGGUUGGUGAAACUAUUUUUUGAUGGAGGCAAUAGAGGUAGUGUGUGACAUAACAUAAAUGUUAGUAUUUAUUACUUGGUAUGUAUAUAAUAGAGUUUUUAUUACUUUGUUAGAUAGUAUGCCAUGUUUGUGCAGCUUAAUUUGUAGUAUAUGAAUGUAAAGAAGGACUUAUGCGUUAAUUUAAUUUUAGACCUGAUUCUUACCAGGUGAUUUUGAUCUUGUCA